AGAGUUCUAAAGCCUUAGAAGAGAGGCUACAAGAACCACUUCAGGUAGGAAUUCAACUCACAGUGUGUGUUGCACCACCAGAGCCUUAACUUCGCUAAAAGCAGCGUUUGUUUGCUCAUGCGCAGUUACGCCUCCUUAACCGGCCGCCGGCUCAGCUCCGCGCCAAACGCGCUUACUUGUGCGCCUGCGCCCUGACCAAGCCUCCGCGCUUGCGUUCUUCGAGGCUGGCGGGAUCGGAAACCAUGGCGUGGGUGCCUAAGGAGUCUGCAGUGGAAGAGUUGAUGCCACGGCUCUUGCCGGUAGAGCCCUGCGACUUGACGGAAGGUUUCGAUCCCUCGGUACCCCCGAGGACGCCUCAGGAAUACCUGAGGCGGGUCCAGAUCGAAGCAGCUCGGUGUCCAGAUGUUGUGGUAGCUCAAAUUGACCCAAAGAAGUUGAAAAGGAAGCAAAGUGUGAAUGUUUCUCUUUCAGGAUGCCAACCUGCCCCUGAAGGUUAUUCCCCAACACUUCAGUGGCAACAGCAACAAGUGGCCCAGUUUUCAGCUGUUCGACAGAAUGUGAACAAACAUAGAAGUCACUGGAAAUCACAGCAGUUGGAUAGUAAUGUGACUAUGCCAAAAUCUGAGGAUGAAGAAGGUUGGAAAAAAUUCUGUCUAGGAGAAAGGUUAUGUGCUGAAGGGGCUGUUGAGCCAACUAUAGAUGAAAGUCCUGGAAUUGAUUAUGUACAAAUUGGAUUUCCUCCCUUCCUUAGUAUUGUUAGCAGAAUGAAUCAGGCAACAGUAACUAGUGUCUUGGAAUAUUUGAGUAAUUGGUUUGGAGAAAAAGACUUUACUCCAGAAUUGGGAAGAUGGUUCUAUGCUUUAUUGGCUUGCCUUGAGAAGCCCUUACUCCCCGAAGCUCACUCCCUGAUUCGGCAGCUUGCAAGAAGGUGCUCUGAAGUGAGGCUCUCAGUGGACACCAAAGAUGAUGAGAGGGUUCCUGCUUUGAAUUUAUUAAUCUGCUUGGUUAGCAGGUAUUUUGACCAGCGUGACCUAGCUGAUGAGCCGUCGUGAUGCAGCUGAUCUCAGAGAUGGAAGGUGUUUCUGCUGAAGGCAGCCUGAGUCUGCGGACACACAGUGCAGUUCACAUACAGACUCCAUUGUUUGCUUCAACACUAUGUGAAUGACUCAAGUUUUUGUUCAGAAUAUAGAUCCAAUUUAUUUUAGUGUCUGAAAUAUCUGUGGAAAAAUACCACCUGGUAUUUGAUGAACAGUCUGAAUAGUUUGCAGCAGUCACAAGCAUUUGAAAUAAAUUGAGUCCCAUUUAUUGAUGAAGCAGCCUGCACAGAAGCUGUAUGAUGAAAAUUUA